AUGGAGCUCGUAGCCUCGCAACUGGGUAGCGCCGAGAGGGCGUUUCUCUUCUUUGGCAUAUUCCUCGUCGGAUACGCUUACGGCCUGGAAAGCCAGGUCCGCUCGACCUACCAACCUUACGCCACCUCGAGCUUCUCGCUGCACUCAUACCUCUCUACCAUCAACGUCCUCCGUAGCGUCAUAGCCGUCGCUGCACAGCCGACGGCGGCCAAGAUCGCCGAUGUGUUUGGCCGUUUCGAGAUCGUCCUGGCGUCCACGAUAUGCUACGUCCUCGGCAUGGCUAUCGAGUCCACCGCCUCUUCGGUGUACGCCUUUUGCGCCGGCGCAGUCGUAUACCAGGUUGGGUACACUUGCAUCGUCUUGCUCCUCGAGGUUUUGAUCGCCGAUUUCUCGUCCAUGCGCGCUCGCGUCUUCUUCAGCUAUAUUCCUGCGCUGCCCUUUCUCGUCAACACGUGGAUCAGUGGCAACGUCACCUCUGCCGUGCUUGCUGUCACAAGUUGGCGCUGGGGUAUCGGCAUGUGGUGCUUUAUAUACCCCGUUUGCUCGCUGCCGCUGCUAAUCACCUUGCAUUCCAUCGAUCGCCGGGUCGUGCUGCCAAAGGACCAUGCGUCAAGAGGCGUUGGCAACUACACGUGGAGCAUUCGAGCAUUCGGCAAGUCGGCGUGCCAGUUGUCGAACCAGCUGGACCUUGUUGGUCUUGUCACCAUGGUUGCCGCAUUCAGCUUUAUACUUGCGCCUUUAUCCGUCAUUGGCGGUACGACCUCGCAUUGGAGGAAUCCAUACGCUAUCAGUUCGCUGGUUGUCGGCUUCGCCCUCGUGCCGAUAUUCGUUGUCUGGGAGCAACGCAGAGCCCGGACGCCUCUCAUUCCGUUUCACUUGCUGACCGAUCGCGGUGUCUGGGCUGCUUUGGCCGUGAGAAGCAUGCUGAACUUUGCUUGGUAUGUCCAAGGCAACUAUCUGUACACGGUCCUCAUUGUAGCGUUUGACUUUUCCAUUGGAACCGCCACGCGAAUCUUGUCCUUCUUUUCAUUUUUCGGCGUCAUCAGCGGCGUCAUUGUCGGGCUGGUGGUUUACAAGCUCCGCAGGCUGAAGGCCAUCAUUGUCGCGGGAACGCUGCUGUUCACGUCGGCCUUUGUCGUGCUGCAUUCUUUCCCCGGCGGCACAACAGCUCCUUCGCAAGUAGGCGUCAUCGCUGGCCAAAUCCUCAUGGGCCUGGCCAGUGGCUUGUUCGCCUACCCAACACAGGCAUCUAUCCAAGCCUCGGCAUCCCGAGACCACGUAGCGAUCCUAACGGGACUCUACUUGUCCUUCUACAAUGUUGGCAGCGCCUUUGGCACGUGUCUGGCUGGCGCCAUCUGGAGUCAGGCACUACCCCCCGCACUGAAAGAGAACCUGUCUUUCCAAUCGAAUGAGACGCUGGCAAGGGAUAUGUACAACUCGCCGUUUUCCACAGUGGCCGGAUACCCUGUCGGAACCGAGAUUCGAAGCGCAAUUGUGGAGAGCUAUACGUCUGUUCAGAAGCUGUUGUGCUGGGCGGGUCUCGUCUUGUGCGUCCCGAUGAUUGCAUUCUCGCUGGCGCUAAGGAAUCCCAAGCUCUCUGAGCAGCAGGUUCAGGAGGAGGCACAGGAAGCGGAUGAGGUGCAUGCGCGAUAG